AUGCAGUAUUCCUGGCUGCCACAGGAGCGACGUGAACCUGUUGUCCGGGAAAGGCCACCGGUGGUCAUCUCUAGAAGUAGGUAUCAACGAAUCUGUGCUAAUGCCAGCCAGGCAGCCAAGCAGGAGCAACUGCAUCUCCAGCAACUGCGCCACGAGGCUGAUGAGAAACUGCGAAUUGGUGGGGAAGAGCUUCUCAAGAAGUUCGGAGGCCGGAAUCUAUGCAUCUCCCAGGAGGAGGAAUGUGCUCGGGAGUUGCAGCAAAAGCAGAAGCAUGAACUGGAAGCCAAACGUCUGGCAGAGGAGGAGACUAAGGCAUCCCGUCAGGAGCAUCAGAAAACCCGGCAAAAGCGCAUAGAGGCGGCACAGCAGCUGUUGGAGCAACUGCGUCCUGGUCCCCGAGAGCUGCAGUGCGCUCGGCUACAAAGUGAGGUCCUGCGCAGCAUCAAUGCCCAGCGAGAGGUGCAAGAGGAAUAUGCCAAGGCCAAUCAACGUCAGGCGGAACUGGACAGGCAGGUGUAUCAGGAGCAGGUGUUUCGAGGCUUUGAGGAAGCCCAAAAGCGACAUGCGGAGCAUUGCCAGCAGCUGGGCGAGCACAAAAAGGAGCUGCUCCAGGCCAUUGCGGAAAGGGAAAGGGAACGUCAGGCCUCGAAAGCCGAGGAGCUGGAGCAGGCACGCUUAGAACGGAAGCGUAAUCAGCGCCAGUUGAAGGAGCAGCAGGACAAGGAGAAGGAGCAGCAGCUUGCCAAGCAACGCCAGAAAAGGGACGAGGCUCUGGCCUCCCUGGCCAUGUCCGAGCAGCGUCAGAAGCGUCUCCAAAUGCUGGAGGAAGUGGAGCAGGUCCAGUGCGAUGUCCACAACCAGGCCAAGGGACGUUUAGAGAAGCUCAAGCGUGAUAGAGCCAAGGAGCGAGUGCAGCAGCGCAUUCUGAGGAAUGAGAAGCUAGCCAAGGAGCUGGCUCCUCGCCUCCACUACAGUGCUCGUGAGGAUGAGGAGCGUCACAAGCGUCAGCUGGAGGAGAUGCGAAGGGCACAUUCAGCAGAGCAGGCCAAGAAGCGGGAAGUCCGAGAGCGGGCUAAAAACGCUCGAUUGGCCAUACAAAAAGAAGAGGAGGAACUGGCCAGAAAGAUCAAACUUCAGGAGGAGGAAGACCUCCGGGAGGCUGUGGAACUUCGCCUCAAAAAUGAUCAGACCAAUGUCCAAUUCAAGCGGCAGCAGCGCCAGGAGCAUCUCCAGCGUAUGAGAGAUCUCCGCAAGGAGUUGGAUGAGCAGGUAAAGAAACGCAUCGAGGAGGAGACACGUCCAGAUACCAACUACAACAGGGAGGCCCAGUUGGAGGAGUUGCGAGAGGAUGCCUUCUUCUUUGAUUAUGCCCGUCAGCUGAUGGGUGAGGCCACGGCCAAGGGUUGUCCACUGAAGCCAUUUGUCCGAGCCGUUGGUCAGUACAAAAACGAUAAUCGCAUAGGAGCAGGUAUACGAGUUCCACCCCACCUGGUCACACGCCUCCCAAUGGGCAGACGCACUGAGGGCGAUAGCCAGGCAGAGGGCAAGGUCAAACCCGCUUCCGAAUUGGAACCAAAUGCUGAGAAGCUUAGCCAGGAGGAGCAACUUCAAAGGCAGAAGAUUGAAGAGAACAUUAAGAAGAUCGAGGAGUUGAUGCUAGAAGAGCAAAAGGUUAAAAAGAAGUCCCAGGAUGUCAAAGUGGAAGAGUAA